AUACAGCAAUGACGCUGGUGAUUCAAAAGUGGGAAAUGCCCCCAGUGGGAUGCAGUGGUUUUGGUUGCAAUUCAAUUGCAAGAGUUGGGAUCUGAGGAAAACUCUGGAUUUAAUCGCCGUUUGUAUCCUUAUUGCAUAAUUUAUAUUCUAACGAUUAUCAUUUUAAUUUUUCUUAGUGAGAAAUCAACGAAAAAAAUUCCGAUCUCUUUGGUUAGCGGCUGCUUCUUCAUCUUCAGCUUGCGUGUCCUGGAAGAGCAUCACAAUCAAGAUUGACAGCGCUGCACUCUUCAUUUUUGUUCAGCGUUAAUGUCAUCAAUGCAAAGGGCAAAGCAAUGGGCAACUUUUGCUCGCAUCUGGCACAUAUAUGAUGCCAAAUGGCAAAAUCCAUUUGAUUCUUCAAAAACUAUUGCAAAAUAUUUGAAAGGACAGCAUAAGCCUAUAUAUCACCCUCUCAGCGACUGCGGGGACCACGUCGUGGUCAUUAACUGCCGUGACAUAGCGCUGCCCGGUCCCGAGUGGUACCAGCGCGUGUUCUUCCACCACACCGGUUACCCAAAGGGCGGCGCCACGUGGACACUGGCCUGGGAACUGCACGAGAAGAACCCCACCAAGAUCAUGGAGCGGGCCGUUCACCGGGCGGUAGGUGGCACCCUGCUCCGUAAAGGUCUGAUGGCCCGGCUCCACCUGUUCCCCGACGAACACGUCUCUGAGGACUUACUGCGUCACGUAACCAGCCAGAUUCCUCAGUUGCGCGUGCAGCCGCGUCGGCUCGACUCGUACUCGGAGGAAGAGGUGCGCGACUUCCCCAAAGUGUUCGACUACCCGGCCGAUCACGUGAUCCGGUGAGGGUGUGUUACUGUGGGUGAAGACGGGUCACGUGGUUAGCGGUGCGAGUGGUGUGAGGAGGAACAAACUCUGGGAUGAGAGCUUGACGUACGAGAAGUCACGUGUUUGUGAAGAGUGUUAUGAUGCUGGCUCACAGGGAUUCGUCCCGAAUGUAGGAACGUUUGAAUGCGGUAAUGUAUGUCUGAUUAUUUGGAUGUGGUACUUAGAGUGUUUCGAAUAUAUUGAAAAUAUGUGACUGGG